GUGAAUGUUUUCUGUCAGUUUAAAGCUCUAAUAAAUUAACUCUGGUUUUAUUUUGUACAGAUGUGUCACUUUACCCAAAGAAGUUCAGCUUUGUCAUUUCCAAAAAUAUGUAAUGUAUUUUGGCGGUUUCAUCACACAAGUACAUCCCACUUGUGCAGCUGCAGUAAGACAGUUAGUGAUGAAAAAUACCAAGACCCUUUUCAACUUGGUAGAAAAGACUUGAAGAAUCUCUAUGAAGAUAUUAAAAAGGAAUUACUUGUUUCUGCAGCAGAACUUAAGGAAAUGUGUGAUUAUUACUUUGAUGGGAAAGGAAAGGCUUUUCGACCCAUGAUUGUGGUGCUAAUGGCUCGGGCUUGCAACAUUCACCAUAAUAAUUCCAAGGAGGUGCAAGCAAGCCAGCGCUCUGUGGCCAUAAUUGCUGAGAUGAUCCACACAGCCAGUCUAGUUCAUGAUGAUGUUAUUGAUGAUGCAAAUUCUCGCAGAGGAAAAAGGACACUUAAUCAAAUCUGGGGAGAGAGGAAGGCUGUUCUAGCUGGUGACUUCAUCCUCUCAGCUGCUUCUGUAGCUUUAGCCCGAAUUGGAAAUACUACUAUCGUCUCUGUUCUAACUCAGGUGAUUGAAGAUCUGGUGCGUGGUGAAUUCCUCCAGUUGGGUUCCAAGGAAAACGAGAAUGAGAGAUUUGCUCACUACCUCGAGAAGACUUUUAAGAAGACUGCGAGUCUUAUAGCAAACAGUUGUAAAGCAGUUUCAAUACUAGGCUGCCCUGAUCCCAAAGUUCAUGAGAUUGCAUAUCAGUAUGGAAAAAAUGUUGGCAUAGCUUUUCAGCUAAUAGAUGACGUGCUGGAUUUUACAUCAUGUGCCGACCGUCUGGGGAAACCAACAGCAGCAGAUCUCAAGCUUGGAUUGGCCACAGGCCCCGUCUUGUUUGCUUGUCGACAGUUUCCAGAAAUGAAUGCUAUGAUAAUGAGGAGAUUCAGUAGGCCAGGAGAUGUUGAACGUGCUUGGAAAUAUGUGUUGCAGAGUGAUGGUGUGCAGCAGACAACCUACCUCGCCCAGCGCUACUGCCACGCGGCCACGCGAGAGAUCCGCAAACUGCGGCCGUCCCCCGAGAGGGAAGCCCUCGUCCACCUGACAGAAAUGGUUCUCAUGCGAGACAAGUGAGACAACUCCUUCCACUCAUCCUGGCAGCUACUUACCAGACUGUGCCUACAUUUAUUUCAAAAGUUAUUUGCUUCCAACACAGGCUACCAAAAAUUAUUUUUUUAAAAAAACCUUUUUUUUUUUUUUUUUUUUAAAAAACAAAGGUUUAAAGUGUUUUACUGCAGGAAGCAAUGCAAUUCGGAGCAAAUCAAACUGUGCUGUACAAUUGUUUUAGUGGGGGGCUGUUGAUUGUGGGGGAUGGGGAAGAUGUUUACAUGUCGAUGCACAAAGGCCACAAUGAGAAUAAAUAUAAAUCAGUGUAUAAGAACUGAA